AUGCCAACCUACACCAAUAAUCGAGGCCGUGCGAACCACUCACACGCCCUCAGGUACUUUGGGCGACAGGCAGGAGCAUCGUCGACGAGACAACAGGAAGCAGCUACAUUCUCCCACAUCCAGAUCCUAUCCAGGCCAGCCUCUGAGUACAACGAACCCGGAGACGACAACUCCAGUGAGGCGUUCAUAUCCAGGCCAUCGUUGUCGCGCGAAGUUGAAGCCGGCAUGUCAACCAUUCGCCCGACUCAGGAUACGCUAGCAAACAUGCCUUCUGGGAUGUCUUUUGCCCAGAAAGCCAGAGCAGCCGAACUCCAUGCGGCGAGAUCUCGCAAAGCAGCACAGGAGGCAGAAGACCAUGUGCCGGAUUUGGGACCCGUAAGUCUGGGAGCGUUCAAGUUCACCAAGCGCCUCACCACGCGCGCCAAAAGUCAAAAAGCCGACGGCUCUGAUGACAAGGAACAGAACCCACAACCUUUUCCAGACAAUCCACCACAGGUCUCUCUACCGCCUACUACGGCUGUUCGCCCCAGCUCUACCUCUACCAUUCGCAGUGCGUAUGAGCGACACCUGCAAGAGCAGGCUGCAGCUGCAGCCCAGCUUCGAGCAACCUAUGAAUAUGAUGAGUCGACGCCCCAGCUACCAGCCCUACGGCAGCAACCAAAACUUGAGCACCCCAGCGUCUCAUGUCACCUCUCGUCAAUCGUCCGUGAUGACACACCCGAGUCAGAAGCAGCCAUCAGAUUUUGGUGGCUCUUCAGCAAGUGGACAUGCCUUUGGCUCGAUAGAAAAUGGUGGCGCGUACAUGCAGAGACAGACCAGUGGCUCAGCCAACCAGUCCAGAUUGACGAUCCAUUUGUCAACCAGACAUUUGUGCCAAACUUUGAUGGUUACUCCGGCCAACAGUCAACACUUCCUCAACGCGCGAGUGUACGCAUGCCACCUGCUGUCAAAGGCACGCUCGACCAACAGUACCGCUUCCCUCAAGCACAUGAGGUGGGGGGUAUCAAAUCUGCUGAGCCCAGUCCUCAUGUCCGACGUCCGUCACUCGCUGGUCAAGUGUCAAAACGACCCGAAGAUUAUGCAGAGAUGCGUGCGAUGAAUGAUCCUAAGGCGGUCACUAAGAUCCUCACAAGAGAUCCUCAUCCAUACACGGGAUUCACCGCACCCAGUACCAAGCCAUCGAUGUCGAAAGCGGAAAUGCUCAUGCAAAAUCUCGAGAGGCUGACGAGCGAGAAGAGUGGACCUAAUACUGGCAGGACCGUGCUGUACGAUCCAGUGGCACAGCACUCAUCGCGCAACGCGUCGGAUCAAGAUCUCUCGAAAACCCUCCAUCCUACCACUAAUCGCAUCCCUCAGCCGUUGGAUCUCACCAAUGCUGGAGGUCCGGGACUCUACACGACGGGCAACGACAGCCUCAACACCAGCUCGACAAUCGGCCCUGCCACAGCCCGUUAUGCCCCUCUCCCCUACUCUCCACAAUACAUCGCAGAACAGGAAGAGAAGGAACCUGAACCCGAAGACGACGCCAUCCCCAUGUCCGCGAAUGAAUACAUGGCCGCCCUCGCGCAUCCACGCUCCCCAACCCAAGAAGAAAAAGACGCCGAACUCAUCGCCUGGUUCACAAACAAGCCUGCAGACCACGCCUACGUCCACGAUGUCCUCGAGCGCCAGGCCCAACGCCUCGGCAUCUUAGUCGCCGGCGCCUCCACUCCACCACAACAGCGCACCGUCCUCGCGCCUAUCGGCAGCGGGCGUAAAACUUCCUCCUCCUCCCUCUCCCGUCACCCUACGGCCUCCUCUACCCCCACUUUCACCAAUACGAACACGCCGGGCUACAAUGCUGCAGGACAAGCGAAGCAAGCUGCAAAUCAGCAGAAGGCUACGCACGAUCUGAUGGCUGGAGCGCUGAGUAGUCUGAGGAUUCAUGCGAGUAAUGAUAGGGGAGCGUCUGGGGCUGGGGCUGGGGAGGGAGGGGAUAGGCAGGGGAAUCCCUUCACGAGGUAUAAGCAGCCGCCUGCGUGGUGUAUUGAUGAUAAGAGUGAGAAGGGCCGGAGGAGCUUUUUGGGUGAUGUGGAGUGGAAUCCUCCCCGACGCGUGGGGAGGGAUCCGAGGUAUCCGGUUGUUUAUCAUGAGGGGCGGGCUACUUACUUUGAGGAUGUUGGUGGUGUUGGAGGAGGAGGAGGGGGGAGUGGGGGAAGGGGCUGGGCGAGAUAG